AUGAUGGGACAAACACCUCCAAGACAGUUUUCGACGUCUACAGAGCGUUCUUUGAUGCUUGUUUUUCAUUGUAUCUUAGUUGAACUGUUUUCCAUAGUUGUUAUCCUUCUUUUCGCAAGCAGUAUGCAAAAUAGACAAGAUAAGAUAUAUCUCGGCGUUGAAGAAAUGUCAUUUGUCUCAAAUGUCUCAUCUUUAAUCACUGUUACAGGUGGUUUAGUGGCUUUAAAGGUCGGAAAUGAGUCCAGAUACAGCAAAGAAGUAGAUUCAAUGCUCCUGGAUGUAUAUAAUGACCUUUUAGUCGUUAAAUCAAUCUUAUUCAUGGAAAAUAUCUCAGAAUACUACACAGCUGAGUAUAUUUUCAGGGAGAGAUCAAGUACAUUCCACUCUCUUGCAGGAGCAAUUAACAGUUUAUGUAUGAAUUUGCAGGUAUUCAUAAAUUCAAACUCAACUUAUGAAUUUAAUGACUCGCUCGUACAAGAAAUAUUUACUGCUCUCAAUUGUGCAUGGUACAUGGUCGUUCCAACCCAAAUCAACAUGAUUGUUGACGACAAACAGAUUUGCAGUGGGUCAGUAUGA